GUGUUUGAUCCUCCAUCAGCUCAGCUCUUCACUGUAAUCCAGAUCUCCUAACAUGAUGCUCUGCUCCGGACUCAGCAGCACACUGUUGCUGGCAGCAACGUGUUCACUCAUCACUUCAGGCUUUAUCAGAGCUCAAGUUUCCUUUCCUCCCACUGUGACCGCCAUAUCCACAGGGAGAGUGGUCACCUCUAACGGCCUCAGUGAUCUUCACCUGAGCUGUGUGGGUGGAAGGAUCAUUGUGAGGUCAGCUGUGUACAGAUGUGGAGGUGAAGUAACCUGCUCUCAGGGUGACGCUGAGAACAACGUCAGGAACAGCUGUGAUGGAAAAACAGUGUGUGACAUAAAGUCAAACAUUACUUAUGAUCCUGGAGUCUGCAGAUACCUGGAGACCACCUACGCCUGCUUCACACACCACAGUGUAACAUGUGAAGGAUCUCAGUCAAACCUUCAGUGUGAUGAAGGACAGGUUAUAGUCGUCUACUGGGCUAAUUUUGGUCGCCGUGACAACACCACGUGCCCUGAUGGAAGUCCUAAUCACGUCAAAAAUGUUAACUGCUUCUGUUCCACAAGCAUGGAAUCUGUAACUAACAGGUGUAACUGGCAGAACAGCUGUACUGUUGAAGCAAAGACCUCAGUGUUUGGAGACCCCUGUGGUGGCACCUGCAAGUACCUGGAGGUGUUUUACACUUGUCAGGCUCCUCCCUGCCGUCCUGGUUGGACUUGGUCUGGAGGUCGCUGUUUCAUCUUUGAUAGCAGUCAGAAGAACUGGACUGAUGCUGAGAGUUCCUGUGAGACACUCGGUGGACAUCUGGCCUCAUUCCACAGCACAGCUGAGUACACCUUCAUCAGACGGCUCAUUUACACAGCAGCAGGGUCAUAUAAAGAAGCUUGGGUUGGAGGCAGAAAGAAUGAAACUGUGUGGAUGUGGAGUGAUGGUUCCAAGUUUGAUUUCCCAAACUGGGCCAGGGGACAACCUGACAAUGCUGGAGGAAAUAACUGUAUACAGAUAAACUUUCAAGGAGGAGAUUAUGUCAAUGAUGCGGGAUGUCAAUGGAACAGCUCUUCUGUUUGUGUCAGAGACCCAUAACUGCUCCUUCGUGUCCUGACACAUCUGACAUGAAGAUGUCACAUCCUCACUGUUGAUGUCACUUCCAGCAGGAUGUCAAGCCUCGAUGACAUCACUGCUGGAAGAUUUAUUGACAAAUAUGAAUUCCUGUCACAAUAAACUGUCACGGUACUGGGUCGUGUGACCCAGUGUUUGAGUUUUAUUGUAUUUUGUUCUCUAUUCGUGUUCUGGUUUGAGUUUAGUUUAACUUAUUAAGUGCUACGAUGCCUAGAUUGCUGUGUUAGUCCUUUGCUUUGCAGAUCCUUCUGUCUUCUCCCUUCUUCUAAGUCUCCCUGCUUCACGUCUACCUGUCAUGCUUUAUGUCUCUGGGGUGCUGGUUACAUUCAUGUCAUGUCUGCGUCUCAUAAUGUUUCCUGUUUAUUUGGAAGUCUUGUUUCCAUGUUCUGUGUACUUAGCUUUCGCUUCCACUGAGGCGUCAUUAUGUUCAUUCCAGUCAGCUGUUUUCCUCAUGUGUCUCCACUUCCCCCGAUCACCUCGUGUGUGUAUUUAAGCCCUCAGUCUUCCUGUGUUCAGUGUGGUGUCGUCUGUGUUCCCUUCCCCAUGUCUAGGUUCAGAAUUCAUAGUGUCCUUUCAUGUUUUAUAGUAUUUUCAGUGUUCACAGCUUUCAGUCACUCUAGUCUUGUAAUAGUUUAUUCAUAGUUUUCUUAGUCUGGUCUCUACCAGUUUGCUUACUUAAUUUUUGCAUGCUCUCUUAUCAGCCCUAA